AAAUCUUGUUCUGGUUUUUCUUGGAGUGAGGUCUGUGCCUGCCGACGCGCCUCUCCUGCGCAGCCCCCUCAAGAAGAGCAGUUUUUUUCCUUUACAAAAAGAAAAAAGAAAAGAAACCUUGGAUUUUUUUUUUCUGAAAAGGAGACGGAUCUGCAUAAUACCAGUGAAGUGGAUAAAAGCGCACGGCUGGGUUCUUUUUGCGUUUUCUCCUCUGGUGUGUGAAUGAAGCAGCUCUAUGGGGGAGCAGACUCUGCUCCGGGGGUCGACUGUCAGCGUGACUUUGACUAAACACGUUUUGCUUUAACUUUUUAUUGUUAUUAUUUCUCCACAAUCUGCUGAGCUCCUCUCACUCUGCUACUCUUGCGCUGCACGGUUCGUUUUUCUCAGAACCAAGAGACUUUUUUUCUCCCCUGCUCUUUCAGGGAAAUUGCCUAAACUUUCUACGUUAAAAAAAUAAAUACCAAGAUCGGAUUGCAUUUUUCCCUUGAAACAUUUUGGAGGUGAUGUCAUCGUGCUGUGUUUUGGCAGGUAUUUUGUGCGGAGAGGGCGCAGCGAGGACUGCUGCAGCCAGGAACUAGACGCAGCCGCUUCGGGGGAGCGGGGGAGUCCGGAAAAUCAGGUGCAAGGUGCGGCGUGUCAUUUCCUCGCCGUGUCGCGGGUGGCUGAGUCUGCCACCCAGUCGCAGCUGUUCCCAUCAUCUCCAGUCACCCCUCCCUCCCACUCUCCCCCGUCAUCAUCCCCUCCUGUUACAAAAUCAGCUCCUGAGCUGGACCGCUUCUGGACUUUAUCACCCGCUCUCUCGAACACUGUUGGCCGGUGUCACCUGAGCCGCUGCCCUGUCGAGUGGAGGCGCAGACAUGAACGAGGUCGUCUCGCGUCCUGCGCCCGCAAAGCCCCCAUCUCCAGCUCGCGGUUUGAUCCAUCAGCUAUUAGUUCUCCUACAGGGGCUCCUAACCACGCGCUGCUGGAACUAAACCUGUACUUCUUCGCCGGAACACAUCCUAUUUUAUCAUCCCAGAGUUUGUAAUCCAUCUGGAGCCACGACUGUUGCGCUGGAACGUUGCGCACUGGAUUACGCACACGCCGCAUCUGUUUGGUGGGGUUACGCAUCACCCUGGGGGUCAGAAAGGUCGAUUGGUAUUGGCCAUCAGUGAAGCGUGAACGCGCCUUCACCUGUUCCUCUCCCUCUCGGGCGCGCGCACCGCCAGCGUUUGGAGUCUGUGCUCCCCUCCGCCCACCCAUCUGUCCCUCCAGCUGUUAAAGGUUGCCCGGCGGUCAGAGUGGCACAGUCACAGCCCCUUACAGCACAUUCACCCACAACGGGAAGCUUGCGGGGACACGCCGAUGCCAACAGGAGUGACCUCUGACUCUUUGGCAGCGGACUGCAUCCAUCAGAUUCACCACUCAGAGCGGGACUCUCCGGACUGGCUCACACCGAGCGAGGAGACUGUCUCUGGGACAAGCUCCAUAGUGGAGUGGGGAAGCAAUGUGGCCCCUUCUUUCCACGUUGACCGUCUUAUGUAUCCAGAUGUUGCUGGUGAUGUGCAAUCCAUUGCAGCAGGUACUUGGCGUAGAUGGAGUCAACUUCAGCGUGCAUGUGGAGAACCAGACACAGGUGCGAGACACCAUGAGUCGGAGACACCACCGGGUCUACCAGCUCUACAGCCGCACCAGCGGCAAGCACGUCCAGGUGUUGGGACGCAGGAUCAGUGCCAGAGGAGAGGAUGGGGACAAAUAUGCCCAGCUCGUAGUGGAGGCAGAUACCUUCGGUAGCCAGGUGAGAAUCCGAGGCAAAGAGACCAACUUCUACCUGUGCAUGAACCGCCGGGGCAAGCUGGUGGGAAAGAAGGCCAGUAACCGAAGCGCUGACUGCGUCUUUGUGGAAAUGGUCUUGGAAAACCACUACACAGCUCUGAUGUCAGCACGCUACGCUGGCUGGUAUGUCGGCUUCACAAAACGAGGGCGUCCUCGCCGCGGCCCCCACACGCUGCCCAACCAGCAGGAUGUGCACUUCAUGAAGCGGUUCCCACCUGGGGAACAGCCGGACCUCACCACGCCCUUCCGCUUCACCACCGUCAGCAAGCGGGUCAAGAGGGUGCGUGCUACUGGGACCCGCUAGCUGUGGCUAUCGCUAGCACCCACUGUCUUGUUCAAACCAAAGCCCACAACCUGAGCCUGCCAAUGGCUAACCCAGUCUUCUCUUCUGUCGCACACGGCUGAACUUCUCCCUUUGAUGGGACACAUAUUGACCAGUAAAGUGAUGAAUGAUUCAUGGGGUUUAACUCUAUGUGCUCUAAUUUGCCACUACAAGCCCCAAGUUAGUGAUCAUUCCUUUGUUCUUUUACUGGACCAACUGGACUAUAACUGGACGCAUGCUGGGAGCCGUUUGGACCUGCUCCGAUUCCCUUAACGAGGCCAGAAAUGGCUCAAAGGCCAGGUGCAGCAAAGGUAUUGAUUCCACUGGUCCGGAAAACACAAGGCCUUCAUAUCUUCUGUUUUGAGACAGUGGGACAGUGUCAAUCACAGGAUCUCAGCUGGACUACACAGAGAGAACAUGGAUGGAAGACCAGGAACAAGAGAGUGGGUGCUCAGCUCGAGGAUGAAGGGAAAGCUGGGCAGAUGCAGAAGGUGGUCUGCUCAGAUCCACCAGACUCCAACAAUGGACUCUUGAUGUUUGACGCACUUAAUUGUCUCACUGCUUAAAAGGUGGGAACACGUGAGACCUUUGGAUGAAGGACGACGAUGAAAGGAUGAAUGAGGGAACAUUAGAGUGAAUGUCAAAGAAUAAAUACAUGUUCCAAGGCGGAGGACAAAAAAAAAGUAUGUGUGUGUGUUUGAGUGUGUGAAGCAAAAUCACCAGGGGCUCUGGAAACGGUUCGCGCAGUCCAAGCGUAAAAUCAUGACAACUCACCACAGGGACCGAAGCUUUAAAGAACUGGAAUGUACAAAAUGAAACAAGCUGCACCAAAACCAGCCAGCCAAUCAGCGCAAACCAAACCAACGGUGACCAAAGACAACCGAAGACCUUUCUGAUUCCUCCUCAUUCCCUUUCUCCCCUGAGGACAGUGCAUGCAGGGCUGAGCCCAGAGGGGAGGUUGCCUUCUCUAACUGCAUCGCCAUAGAAACGACCCAGGGGGGAUGAUGAUGCUUCUGUGCUAUAACAUGGAUACGGAGUGCUGCUACCAGGACUUACAGUGGAAUGAUCCAAAGUCUCAUCCAUACACACAGGAGGAAAAA